AUGGAGGCGGCUGCCCAGACCAUCUUGAGCAACUCUGGGCUGCUCCUGAGUGAGGAGUACCGGCUGCUCAGUGGCGUCGGCGGCGAAGUCGCUGAGCUGCGGGACGACAUGGCCACUAUGAACGCCCUCCUCCGCAUGCAGCCGAGGCUGACGACGGCGCCGCCGUGGACUACUUCGUCCGGGAGUGGAUGA